AUGGAGGCUCGGCGACACGCGGACAGCUACAGGAACGCACUCAUGCGCUGCGAGAGAUGCUGCAAGGGGUUCCUAUCCGCCUUCACCUAUGAGAACCAUCUGAAAGUGCACGAUCCGGUCAAAAUGGAGGCUCGGCGACACGCGGACAGCUACAGGAACGCGCUCAUGCGCUGCGAGAGAUGCUGCAAGGGGUUCCUAUCCGCCUUCACCUAUGAGAACCAUCUGAAAGUGCACGAUCCGGUCAAAAUGGAGGCUCGGCGACACGCGGACAGCUACAGGAACGCGCUCAUGCGCUGCGAGAGAUGCUGCAAGGGGUUCCUAUCCGCCUUCACCUAUGAGAACCAUCUGAAAGUGCACGAUCCGGUGAGCUUAUUAUCAGAAUAG